CAAAAGUGGGCCGAAACCAAUGCGCACUUUUGAUCUUAUUUUUUGUUGUUGCAAAAUGACCAGCGACUAUGAGGACUUCUUUAGCACCGACCUGUUCGUGAACCGCGACUACGAGUCGCAGGAGUUUGACUUCGGCGUGGUUAAGCAGAAACUGCUGUCCUCCCACGCCGCAUCCACCGACCACGACCUCACGGGCCAAGUGGUGUGGCCAGUCUCCGCCUUCCUAGCCUGGUAUCUCGUAGCGCAUCGGGACGAAAUUGCCGGCAAGAAUGUCGUGGAGCUUGGCGCCGGUGCGGGUCUCAGCGGCCUCGUCGCCUCGCAGUUCGCAUCCCACACCGCCUUAACGGACGGCAAUGAUAUCGUGCUAGAGCUGCUGGAAGAGAACGCAGAGACCAACGCCGACUCCAGCAAAGUGCAGGCGUUGCCUCUGCUGUGGGGAGACCACAAGAGCGUCGAGGCCUUCGAACACGCAUUCCCGUACCCCGUGGACGUGCUCAUCGGUUCUGACGUCGUGUGCUGGCCAAUGCUCGUCAAGCCCAUUCUGCAGACCAUCAAAUACUUACUGCUACGCUCGAACAACCCGUUAGAAACCCAGUUCUGCUGCGGCUUCGUGUGCCGCGCGCAGUCGACAGAAGAUCUGCUUUUCAAGGAAGCAGUAGCAUUUGGUUUCCGAUUUGAACGCAUCCCAGACGACACGUUCCUUCCUACGCCGCGACCUGCCCAUGUGACUUCAAACCGGGAACUGCAACUCAUCGUGUUCACCCUCGACCCCAACGCCCCCAACUGGAACGAACCUGUUCGCUUCGCCGACGCUGAGCUGACAAACCUGCAAACUGCCUGCUAGAACUAAUAGAGUUACACUGAAAGAGGCUUGAUGUAUAAAUUAUGGGGUUCCGCUCCUUCCCUCUUG